GCUCCUGUGAGUCUCAUAGUGGUGCGAGCAGCAGGAAUGCGAAGAUGGCUACAGAUCUGGGAGAGCUACUGGUCCCGUACAUGCCCACCAUUAGAGUACCGAGGACAGGAGACAGGGUUUUCAAGAGCGAAUGUGCUUUUUCCUACGACUCUCCAGAAUCAGAAGGAGGUCUGUAUGUGUGCAUGAACUCAUUCUUGGGUUUUGGAAGAGAACACGUGGAGAGACAUUACCGGAAAACUGGACAGAGUGUUUACAUGCACUUAAAACGGCAUGUGAAAGAGAAAGCCACAGGUGCUGCAGGGGGUGCCUUACCAAGAAGAAGAAAUGGAAAAGUAUUUUUAGAUUUAGAACUCAACCGUGAUUUUAAUGGAGAUGAUUAUGAGUAUGAAGAUGAAGCCAAGCUUGUCAUAUUUCCAGACCACUUUGAGAUUCCUUUACCAAAUAUUGAGGAGUUGCCCGCACUGGUGUCAAUAGCCUGUGACGCUGUCCUCACUGCUCCAUCUCCAUACAAAAAAAAGGAGUCUGAUUCAUGGGAAGAGGAGAUCCAAGUGUCUAGACAUGCCAGAAGUCUCAGACAGCUGGAGAAUGGGGUUCGGAUUCCUCCCAGUGGCUGGAAGUGUGCCAAGUGUGAAAUGAGAGAGAACCUGUGGCUAAACUUGAUGGAUGGAUCUGUCCUCUGUGGGAAAUGGUUCUUUGAUGGGAGUGGAGGGAACGGACAUGCCCUUGAGCACUACAGAGAAACCAACUUCCCACUGGCAGUUAAACUUGACACAAUAACACCAGAUGGAGCAGAUGUUUAUUCUUUCGAUGAAGAAGAAGCAGUGCUCGAUCCUCACAUAUCAGAACAUUUGUUACACUUCGGAAUAGAUAUGCUGCAAAUGCAAAGGACAGAGAAUGGCAACCACACAGACAACCACGUGCAGCCGCGAGUGAGCGACUGGGAAGUGAUUCAGGAGGCGGGGCUAAAGCUGAAGCCUGUCUAUGGCUCAGGAUAUACAGGCAUCAAAAACCUUGGCAACAGCUGCUACCUUGGCACCACUAUGCAAGUUCUGUUCAGUAUUCCAGAGUUUCAGAGAGCGUAUGUAGGGAGUCUACAGAGAAUAUUUGACUACUCACCUCUUGAUCCAACUCAGGACUUCAACACACAGAUGGCGAAACUAGGCCAUGGACUUCUCUCAGGCCAGUACUCUAAACCUCCAAUGAAAUCAGAACUCAUUGAACAGGUGAUAAAAGAAGAAUACAAGCAGCAGCAAAGAGGAAUUUCGCCAAAGAUGUUUAAAGCCCUGGUCAGUAAAGGACACCCAGAGUUCUCCUCAAACCGGCAACAAGAUGCUCAUGAAUUCUUUCAGCACCUAAUUAACCUAGUUGAGAGGAACAGUAGUGGCUCUGAGAACCCUAGUGAUGUGUUACGUUUCAUAGUGGAGGAGCGGGUCCAGUGCUGUCAGUCACAGAAAGUGCGGUACACACAGAGAGUGGACUAUCUUAUGCAGCUGCCUGCACCCCUUGAGGCUGCCAGCAAUAGAGAGGAGCUUAUAGCAUAUGAGAUUAAGAGAAAGGAAGCUGAGGAGAACACGCGGCCCCUUCCAGACCCAGUGAGAGCACGAAUCCCCUUCACUGCCUGUCUACAAGCCUUCACUGAGCCAGAUAAUGUUCCAGACUUCUGGAGCUCUGCACUGCAAGCCAAGUCAGCUGGAGUGAAGACAUCUCGCUUUGCAACCUUUCCUGAGUACAUGGUAGUACAGAUGAAGAAGUUCACAUUUGGGGUGGACUGGGUACCCAAAAAGAUAGAUAUUUCUGUAGAUUUACCUGAUUUCCUGGACUUAAAUCGUCUCCGGGCCACAGGGCUGCAGCCUGGAGAAGAGGAAUUGCCUGACCUUACACCUCCCAUUGUCAUUCAUGAAGAUACCAGAGGCAGUUCAACAAACAACUCUUUGGAAUCUCCAGAAAUAGAUGAAUCAUCUGUGAUGCAACUAGCAGAGAUGGGCUUCCCCCUGGAGGCCUGUCGGAAGGCAGUGUACUAUACUGGGAAUAUGGGGGCAGAGAUGGCCUUUAACUGGAUAAUAGCGCACAUGGAAGAGCCAGAUUUUGCUGAGCCUCUGGCAGUUCCCACUUAUAUGGAACCAGACCUACCCAGCCCCAGCCUUCCUGCUAUUAGUCCACUACUUGACAACCAGCCUCCAGAAGAGAGCAUCUCCAUCCUUACUUCCAUGGGCUUUCCCAGAAAUCACACUAUCAAGGCUCUCAAAGCCACAAAAAACAACUUGGAGCGAGCUCUUGACUGGAUAUUUACCCACCCAGAGUGUGAGGAUGAGAGUGAGGCUAUGUCAGACACGGCAGACACAGAGCCAAAUGAUAACAGCUUCUCAAACGCCAAUGCCUACACUGACUCCUCACUGUCUCCAGAUCAGGACCUGUCCAGUCCCCACGUCAGAGAUGGACCUGGGCGGUAUGAGCUGUUUGCCUUCAUCAGCCAUAUGGGAGCAUCUACAAUGUCGGGUCAUUAUGUCUGUCAUAUCAAAAAAGAGGGAAGAUGGCUGAUUUACAAUGACCACAAAGUGUGUUUGUCAGAGAGGCCUCCUAAAGACUUGGGCUACAUGUACUUUUACCGGCGCCUGUCAAGCUGCUAGAUCUGGAUCUUCAAAAUAUUAUGCACUGCCGUUAGACCAGAGAGUUAUGGGACUCCACUGACACUGCUGGAAACUACGGGAGCAUGUACAUCUGUGAGGAGGAGAGAGGAACUCUCAGUCCCUGCCAAUACCUGCACAGACCCUCACACCACAUGAACAGUCAAGCAGGGAAACAAAUUAUUUCUGUCUGUCUAUGUUGUGAGUGUUUGUUCGUUUUGUGUCUGCUUUAAAGGUAUAGUGGGGUGCGUGCAAUUUUAGGUAUGCAGAUUAUUUUCCUUCUAUAUUAUUAUUUUAUUUAAAAAAUGUUCUCCCCUUUUUCUCCCCAAUUUCGAAUACCCAAUACACUCUAAGUCCUCGUGGUGGCGUAGUGACUCAAUCCAGGUGGUGGAGAAUGAAUCUCUGUUGCCUCCACGUCUGAGACCAUCAAUUUGCACAUUUUAUCACAUGGCUCGUUGAGCGCGUUGCUGCGGAGACAUAGCGCGUGUGGAGGCUUCACGUUAUUCUCUGCGGCAUCCAUGCAACCGGGAUAUACCCUCCCUAGCAAAUGGGACAAUUUAGUUGCUAAGGAGACCUGGCUGGAAUUACUCAGUAUGCCCUGGGAUUCGAACUCCAGGGGUGGUAAUUUUCCUAAUAUAUUCUCAAUUUAUUUGUUACAUUUCUCUUUUUAUACUUUGAGCUCCUGUGCCAGUAUUUUUCAAGAAGACAUAUUUCUUUUGCAACUAUAAUGUGUGCCUGGAUUCAAAAGUGUUAUUUCUGCCAUCCCAGUUGAAAGCUGAAUGUACAUCAGUUUAUUUUAUGUCCUUUGGGUUACCCAGUUGUUUUACCCAGUACUGAAACAACUUAUAAAUCUAUUAGAAUGGAUUUCAGAUAGAUCUGCCACGAAGUGGCUUAAGGGUGCUAUUGAUUCAUGGCAUAAUGUGAUUUUCUCACAGAAAUUUUACAUGCAUAUGUUUUUGAGUCAUGGCUAUAAAGAAAGAAGUCAUGCGCAGUGAGAAAUGGUUUCUAUGUUUUUUGCUGGCCAGUGUAUAAAUAUUGGACUGUGAUCCUUGUUAGAUAGGUCUUACAUGUUGCUGUUUGAUAUGUGCUGCAGUAGAUAGAUACUACUAGCAUUAGGGAUUGAUCUUUCAGGUUUGAUCUCCCCAGGAGCAGAAGUUGGUCUAGUUAACAUACCUUUAGGCAGAAGAACUCUGAUGUAACUUGCAACUUAAACUUGGAAAAAGUCCAAUCUGUUGUUGCAAUUUUAUGAUUGGAAUAGCUUAAAGGAUAUUUCUUUUGAACACUUAUCAUUUUCAUCUUUUUGGUUCAUGUGGACAUGCCCUUUAGGUCUGUGACGGCUUUUAGUCAGUUUGUGAAUGCUGAUCUGAAAAUGCAACGAUAUCACAUUUUCUUGAAAUGUUCAAGUGCUUUGAUGAUAUCCUCAGCAGUUUAAAAACUGGGAUCAGUUUGAUGUAGUUUGUGAUCUCAGUCUUAUAGAAUGUAGUACUGUUUUUAUCUGGUACCUAAGUAAUAUGCAAGGACAAAAAUAACUGAAUUAUAUGCAGUGUUAUACAAAGAACUAUUUCUGAUAAAUGGAUAUAUUCUUUCUGGAACUCAUUAUUACCAAAUUCUCCUCAAGCUUUAUGACAUAUCUGACAAACUUGGCUCUGCCCACAUCAAACCUCACACUUACCCAUUUGUUAUUACCAAACAAAACACUAAUGUAUACUUGGCAGGUACUCUUUAAAGUGUUAUAUUAUUACGUAAGGCUCAGUCUGAUAUUUAGCAGCACUGAAUUUAUGUUAAAUAUUCAUUGUUUUAUUACCUCUCUCAGGCUGAGGUGGGGCCUGUGAAUCUCAAUUUUGUUCAACUGAAUAUUGCACAUACUGCUGUAAACUGCACCCUGUCCUUUUUCUUUUAAUUUUGUGCACUUUCUGUUAAGUUGGGAGUUCAGGUGUCUUCAUAGGGCCUUUUCCACUUGCAUUUAUUGUCCAUUUAUCUUUCAGUUUUUUCAUUUGCUUAUCCAUACAAGGCUUCUUAAAGGGUUCCCUCUUGCUCUUGUUCUCUCCCAUUUUUUCUCUCACUUGAUUGAAUGAAUUUUUGUACCCAUCUCCCUAUUCUGUCUCUCCUGUCUUUAUAUUGUGUGUGAAAGUGAAUACAUUUACCACAUCUUUCUCAAACAUGCCUUGAUAUUAUCAAUAUGUGCACUAAAACUCAGAAGUUAGUCAGUUGACAUUUUGCAAUAUAUUAUUGAUCUUUAGUGGGUUCUGUUUUUCAUGGAACUGAAGGUCAAGUGGUACAUUUUUAUUUUUAAGCUCUUUUUUGCAAAAAAAGAAAAAAAAAAGAAAAUAAAAAGUUUCUACAAUUCUGUAGUUACUAUACAAACUUGCCAACUUCUUUGUUAUAAGUUGUUUUUAAUGGAUUUUCCUAUCCAUACAUUAUAUUUUUUGGAACACACAAUCAUGGCUAAUGUGGGAUUCCUCAUUCUAAAAUCUGUUCAAUUGUACUUUUGACUCAUAAUGUUUGUAUAGUUCAAUAAAGUCACAAUUGUUAAU